CAGGGUCAGUCACGUGGUGUCCAGCAAGUUUCCGUGUUUACAGAGAUGUGAACAGAGACGGCGGCAGGUCGGUGUUUCUGGAGGAUGGUGUGCAGUCAUGGCUUUUUUAAAGACGCAGGAGCGGACUAAAGAAAGAUUUUCUCUGCUGUUGCUGGAUCUGGAGGAGUAUUACUUUGAGCAGCACACUGCGUACCAUGUGACCACCAGCUCAAAGAAGGAGAGAAAAGUCCGAGGCUCGUUCAAGAUCUGCUCCAGAUCUGUCAUAUUUGAUCCAGAUGAUCUUGGAGAGCCAAUUUUAAAGAUUCCUCUUCGAGACUGUAAGAAGAUCGAGUUCAUCGAGAGAGAGAACAACCCCUUCAACGAGCCAAGACCAUCUGCCCUCUCUAUUCAGUGUGUUCAGGUUAUUUACAUCAAAGAGAGCAAUGUCAUAGCACCUUACAGAAAUGAAAGGGGGUCGAAGAAAGUGACUUUUCAGUUGGAGGGUUGGAGUAAAACAGAAGAUGUCGUUCAGACAUUACUUCAGCUCCACAGGGCGUCCUGUCUGGAGAAACUUGGAGACCAGACUGCAAUGAUUGCAGCCAAUUUACAGUCACGGCUGGCGAGGACGUCCUUCGACAAAAACUGCUUUCAGAGUGUUGCUGAGAAGCCUCACAUGGAGUGCGUGGUGGAGAUGGUCACGCCUCUCGUGUCCAAUCCCGGCCACGUCUGCAUAACAGAUGAAAGCCUCUACUUCCAGCCUCUCAAUGGAUAUCCGGAGCAGGUGAUUCAAAUCAAACUCCACAGAGUGAGGAGAAUCUACAAGAGACGACAUGGACUCAGACCUCUGGGUCUGGAGGUGUUCUGUACUGAGAACGAUUUCUGCUCUGACAUCUACCUGAAGUUUUACAACACGGCCGACAGAGAUGAAAUCUACUAUUACAUCGCCACUUUCCUGGAGAACCACAUGACGGAGCACACAGCAGAGAGUUACAUGCUGCAGUGGCAGCGCGGCCACCUGAGCAACUACCAGUACCUCCUUCACCUCAACAACCUGGCUGACCGCAGCUGCAACGACCUCUCCCAGUAUCCCGUCUUCCCCUGGGUCAUCGCUGACUAUACCAGCGCGCAGCUGGACAUGACAAAUGCUGCCACGUUCAGGGACCUGGGCAAACCUGUGGGAGCCCUAAACAAGGAGCGACUAGACCGACUGCUGGCUCGCUACAGAGGCAUGCCUGAACCUCGCUUCAUGUACGGCAGUCACUACUCAUCUCCAGGCUACGUCCUCUUCUACCUGGUCAGAGUCGCUCCAGAGCACAUGCUGUGUCUCCAGAACGGACGCUACGACCACGCAGAUCGCAUGUUUAAUAGCAUAGCUGAUACAUGGAAAAACUGCUUAGAGGGGGCAACUGACUUCAAAGAGCUGAUUCCAGAGUUUUAUGGGAACGACUGCAGCUUCCUGGAAAACAAACUGAAUCUAAGUUUGGGCAGAAGGCAGAACGGAAGCUUAGUCAGUGACGUUGUUCUCCCACCGUGGGCCUCAGAUACCAGUGAUUUUCUUCAGAAGCACAGGACGGCUCUGGAGAGUCAGUUCGUGUCGGAGCACCUUCACGAGUGGAUCGACCUGGUGUUUGGCUUCAAACAGAGAGGCAGUGAAUCUGUCGCAGCCCACAAUGUGUUUCACCCACUGACUUACGAAGGAGGCAUCGACUGCGACAGCAUCGAGGACCCCGACCAGAGGAUUGCCAUGCUGACGCAGAUCCUGGAGUUCGGCCAGACGCCCAAACAGCUGUUCACCAUCCCCCACCCUCAGAGGAUCACACCCAGGUUUCACAACAUAACUCGGAGCCCCAGCAGCAACUCAACAGUCAGUGAACUGUCUCCAGCCUCUCCAAGCGAGGACUCGUCCUUCGAGGACCUGACCGAGGAGAGCAGGAAGUUAGCCUGGGCAAACAUGGGAAAUCUGAAACCCAUCUCCAGCCACAAGAUCCAUAAAGAGGCUUUGACGGGCAUCGCCGUGACUCGAGAUGGAGCAGCUAUUUUCUCCACAUCUCAAGACUCCACACUUAAGAUGUUUUCCAAAGAGCUGAAGGACUUCCAGAGGAGCAUGUCCUUCUCUAACAUGGCAUUAUCUUCAUGUUUGAUGUUGGCAGACGGUAAAACUGUGGUGUGUUCUUCCUGGGACAACAACGUUUAUUUCUACUCCAUCCCGUACGGCAGGCGGCAGGACACACUGAUGGGUCACGAUGAUGCCGUCAGUCAAAUGUGUUGGUUUGAUGACCGGCUGUACACGGCGUCCUGGGACUCCACCGUCAAGGUGUGGCAGUGUGCCUCUGACAGCUCCUCCAGUCACAAGAGAUCCCAGUUUCAGUUACUGGCUGAGUUGGAACAUGAUGCUGGGGUGAACACCAUCGGUCUGAAUCCAGCGGGGACUCUGCUGGUGUCCGGCUGUAAAGAUGGGACCGUCACCAUCUGGGACACCGGCAGCUACGGGACGCUGCAGCAGGUCCACUGCUGCCACACUGGAACCAUCCAUCACAUGGCCUUUAGCCCUGAUAGCCGACACGUCCUCAGUGUCGGUGCUGACUCCUGCAUGAAGGUUAUUGACGUCCAGACGGGAAUGGUGAUCUCAUCUGUGAAAGCUGAGGAGGAGCAGAGGUGUUUCUGCUGGGACGGGCACUCGGUGCUGUGCGGGGGAAAGUCAGGUGACCUCCUGCUGUGGGACCUGCUCAGCAAUACAGUCACCCAGAGGAUCCCUGCACACUCAGGUGCUGUCACCGCCAUGUGGAUGAGUGAGCUGUGCUCCACAGUGAUCACAGGCGGAGAGGACAGACAGAUCAUCCUCUGGAAGCUCCAGAGUUAAAGCACCGUUUCUGCAUGACCCAUCUGCUGGGGAGACUUCCAGUGCAGUUUACAAUACCGGCCAAGUAUCCUGCAGACCACAUGACCCAACCACAGUAUCUGACUUUGAACAGAGACUCAUGAAAGACUUGUGAGGAGCUGAAAACAAACUUUAAACGUACAGUAUCGCAGAGCAGUUGGAGGGAGAAGAGGACUUAAAUCUCUCUCAGCUGUUCUCUAAUGAAAAACCAACCAAAAGGUCACAUACAGUCAUGUUAGUUCAUAGCUGCAUAUUGAGAGAAAAUGUCCAGUUGCAGUUUGUGCAUGGGAGCAAUUCAAUUUGAUUUAAUUUAUUUUAUUAAGCCCUCAGAGGGCUUCACAGCAUACAUACAACAUCACUCUGUCUGUCCUUGGCAGACAAGGAAAAACAAUAAUGGUAGAAACCUCAGGAGGAGCAACUGAGGAGGGACCCCUCGAUCAGGACUGACAGAUGUGCAAUAGAUGUCGUGUAUCAGCAUAAUAAAUGUUCAGUGAUCCAUAUGACAAAAUGAUGCAUUGAGACAGAAAUAGAGAGGAAGAGGAGCAGGAAGCUGAAACCAUGUAAACGCCUUAUAUUUCACUUCAGUUUUAUUAUUUUAAAUGUGUGUGGAUUUUUUUUUUCUGUUAUGCAUCAUGUUAUAUUACCUUUUUUAAUUAGUGAUCAUGUCUCUGUAGAUUUAUGUGCAAGUGGACUUAAAAGCUUCAGGCUGCUCAGGUGUUAUCAUUAUCCAAAUAACAUGCAUCUGUAAAAGUAA